UUGCAGUCAAAAUCACAGAUCGUCUCCUCGGAGAAGAAUCACAAAAGGCCAUGGAGUUCGAGUUCCGGCGUCGCGACUAUGGAGCUGACCAUGAAUCUCAUCUCCUUCCUCGCUCACGAACUCAAAAGCACCCUCUUUCCUCUCCAAUUGCUUCUCGUCAACACCAGAUGAAAACUGUCAGAGAUAACGAUCCUCCUGACUUCUUUGAUCCAUUGAGGGGAUUGGAUGUGAAUGCUUCAGCAGAAGACAAGGUUGAAGAAGAAGAAGAAGCAGAUACUUCUCUAUCCACUGAAGCGGUGACUCAGGAGCUGACAAAGGAGUGGAAGUCUCUUAAACGUAUCUUGAUCCAGCGCUUCCCUGUCUCCAAAGUCAUUUCUUUUUCUCCAAUAUCUAAUGUAAUAACGAAAGGUUUCAAAGUUGACACCCCUUCCGCUCAAUCACAUUUGGAGGAAACAGGCAGCGAAAAGACUUCUCUGGAAGAAACUGCUAAAGUGAUAGACCAACAGGAAUAUCUAGCCAAAGUACGCGAGCUAAUAGAUGGAAUAACCAAAGCUUGGGAGGCUGAAGAUCGAGUAACAUCGUUAAAGUUAUCAAUUAAGGUCACAAAACUUCUGAUGGACACAACAGUUUUACAGUUUUAUCCUACAGUCUUUGUUGUAGUCACUGACAUGCUUGAUAUGGUUGGGGAUAUGGUGUGGGAACGGAUCAAGGAGAAAGCAGAACAUGAUGUUGAUGGAACAAUGAUCUGCACCUUACCGAAUGAUUUUCAAGCAAGUGAUAUCUGCCUCGAAGCAAGAGAGACUUGCUAUAACUGGUUCUGCAAAGUUGGUUCAGUUCGAGAACUUCUUCCCCGCAUUUACUUGGAGCUGGCAAUUUUACCUUGCUGGCGUUUCCUCAUUAAUCAACCCAGAGAAGUUCUGGAUCGUUUAGUCAUGAUGGUGAGAGGUCUUGCAGAUCCACUGGCAUCUUUGUAUUGUCGUCUUUAUAUGGUGCAUCGUAUGCGGAAGUUGGGUUUCUGCCGUUCAGGAUAUCUAAUCAAAUGCGUCAAGGAUAUUGAAGACGUAUUGGCACCUAUUUUAGUGGGCAAGGACGGGUGUUCCUGUAUUACAGACGACAAAAAGUUGCUUUUUAAUUUGAUGGAACCAGCCAUUGAGUAUAUAAUGAAGUGCUUAUUGCUCACUGGACGUCAGGAGAACAAUGUGUUGGGCAUACUUGAGGAGCUUGGAUUUGGAAGGAAUAAAUCUCAGCCGUCCGACAACUCUUCACACGUGUCCAUUUUACUUCAUCACCUACUCAAGGCACUUCCAUCCGAAAUAGUUAGUUCACAAGCUAUGGAGAUCCUGCAUAUGAUUAAAUGCAGCAAUGAUUGUUCUUUCAGUCAGGUUUUGAAUUACAGGUUACUUGGAAAUAGGUUGUGUGAAGGGAGAUCUCAAGAAGGUUUUCUGAGUUCACUCGUCAAUGAAAUUAUGCAGGCUGCUUCUCAGUAUCAGACGCUGUAUGACUACUUGAGAAUUAUGGACGCAUAUGUGGAUCUGUUGUUGCAGAACAAGAUGGAAAAUCAUUUGGAUGCGCUCUUGGAUGCGCUCUUGGAUGAUAUUGUAACUCUAGCUCGUGACAAGUUUCUUUCUGAAGAAGAACAAGCAAGUUUGCAAUCCAUAAUUUUGAAGCUGCUGUCUCAUUUCGAGGACUUGCAAAAAGUACUUUCUCUGAAUCAUUUCAUCGAGAUCUUGGAUCUUAUGUCUGGGACUUCAAAAAAAAGUGUUAACAUGCAUCUCCUGAGCAUGGGUACUAGGAAUGGCUGCAUAUGUGAUUCAACAACCGUGCAAUUGCUUUUUGAAGUUUCUCAGGGUCUUUAUGAUGCUACAGAUUUCGUUAACAUAAAGGAUGAUGAUAAUCGACAGACAUCACAUUUAAUUUCUCGCUUUGUUGAGAUGGUUGAUUAUGGGGCAGAAAGGGAACGCCAGUUGUUGUUUUUGGCGGAGUGUCGUGGCGCCUUUAGUGGGAUUCAUGAACUUAAGGAGACACUUGUCCGUUCAAGCAACACCUUGGCAGUAAAAGCAGGAAAGAAGCAUAUCAACUUUGUAAAGUCUUGCCUAGCAUUCAGCGAAGUUACCAUUCCAUCUGUUACAGUUCCUACAAAACAGAUAAAUCUUUAUCUCGAAACUGCUGAGGUUGCGCUUUUAGGUGGUUUGAUUUCUCAUACCGAUGGACUGGUCAUGUCAGCUGUUGAGUGUCUAGAGGAUGUAGCGCCAACAGAUGGUUUAAAGUCAAUUGAUGCGGAUAGUAUGGCGUCGGUGGUAUGCAAUUUGUGCAGCCUCUUGGUAAUGGUUCCAGGUAAUCCUGAGAAAGGCGUGUUGGAGAUCCUUAAGAGCAUAUUUUCUGCUACUUGCUCUAGUUCAUGGGCAAUGUCGAGAUUGAAGGUGAAGAUACUUUGUGCUAUCAUUUCACUCUUGUCGACACUUGCCCAGGAUAAUCUGCCUUACCGUUCUGCCAAUCCAGAGAUAAUUGGAAACGAUUUACUGUUCUUUGGUGAUUCGUCAUACAAGAAUGAACUUGUCUCUUGGAGUCAGCUAGUUGUAGGUGAACUUGUAGACGCUAUUGAACAAGAAUCUUCACAGACUGCUCGCGGGAACAUUGCGCUUGAAGCUUGCAAUUGCAUAUCAUCAGCACUAGUUAUGAAUGAGAAAGUCUCACAACUUUGCUCGAGACUGCUCGAAACAGCAAAAGGUUGUUUGGGUGCCACGGACAGGUACCUUGAAGCCACUAAGCAAUCACUCCAUUUAUGAUGAUUCCUCAUUUGCCUACCAAGUGAAUAUUGUUUAAUUAUGUGCGUGUGUGACAUUGUCGAAUAACAUUUUUGAAGCUUGUUACAUCUGAGAGGGUUAACGUUUUAACCGCGCGUCAAUUGUGUUUCAUAUUCAAUCACAUUUUAAUCUUGUGAAUCACGUCUUAAACCAAAAGUUUGGUAAUAUCUUUUUUUGUCAAA